AGUUUCAAACUCAAGUAGGAGCACAUGUAAACAUUUCAUUAGUGUCCUCUGGACAGUUGUAGAAUCGCUAUCUACAAUCAAUAUAUAAGUUCUUAAAGCUUAAACUUUCGAGUUUCAUACGUUAUUUUCAAAAAUUGUUAUACUUGUAGAAAAGACGUCCAUAAAUGUCAGUUACAUAUAUACGAACAUUUAUAUGAACACAUAUGCACGCAUACUGCAUUGAGAGUAAUCGCAGGAAAUAUGGCAGAGGAUAUGUCAAAAGAUAUGACAGAGGAUGUGGCAGAGAAUAUGGCGGAGGAGGAACAUGACCUACGACCUCCCCUUUUACAUUACAACAACUUUUUCCAUCCUAAUCUUUGUCAUGUUUGUAAGUCGACAGAACAGAACAAGCUGAGACCUUGCAUGAAGUGCAAAAUGAUCUUUUACUGCAGCGAGAACCAUAGACUGUUUGACCAAGUGGAACAUAAAGACAUCUGCCAAGCUAUAGAAAAUGUAAUUAAGCAAAAAGAUAUAUGGAGUAGUCGUAAAAUGAACCCGAAAGAAUGGAUUAACUUUAGAGGCUCGAAUGUAGAUGCUUUGAAGAGUAUGCUGCAACGUAAAUUGAAGAACCGGUAAUGGUGAGCAUCAACGAAUUCCGACAGAGCUUCUUCAUUUAAAAUCAAACAUUAAUGACAUGAAAUCAUUUAUUGAAGAAAGUUUAGAUUAUUCAGAGAGUAUAAAUCGUUGGCCACUUAAAUUUUACAUGUAUAGUGAAAACUUCUCAAAGCCGUUGACGCUGCUUUACGGGAUAAAGGUUGCAAAUUUAUCACCACUUCUGCCAAUGCAUGGUACCUUUGUCAUUCAUAUUAUAUAUGGAAACUUUGUGCUCUACAAACUUUCAUUAGCUUGGGAAAUCAUGUUGCACGAACUUUCUCACAUCACAAAUCUGAUAAUUAUAAUAAUAGAGCCAAUACUCGGGGAUAAUGCUAUAAACAUACAGCUUUGUGAUAUUUGCACACAUAGCAAGAAAAGUUUACAGUAUAUAAUUAUUUCUAAGAAUUAUCAUGAAUAUAGAGAGAGUGUGACUUUUAAAAGAGCAAAUCUGAUUAUAGUAUAUGAUGCAGAAUUGCAGAAUAACCAGAUAACGGUAUUAAAUUUACAAGCAAUGCAGCGUGAACACUGCCCUGUACUUUUAACUUCUUCAUCAGAAUAUGUGACUCAAAAUAACAUAAUUAAUAUACAGGAAAUGUUAGGCUUACACUUAGCACCAAUUUUUAAUAAUAUAAAUAAAUUCUUAUCUCAUAGACCAAUCAGGGAUUAUGUGAAUGACAAUGUGUUCAUUCCUUGUCAGUAUCUAAUUGUCUAUCAGGGCCUAUAUUCAACCAAACGAAAUCAAUAAUAUUAGAUGAUAAUUUUGUCGUUUCUCUGGUGGUAUAAUUGUAAAUAUGCAGGAUACAAUGCUUGGAUGAAUGGAUUUUUGAGAAUUUUCCGAUUUCUUAUUAUUUUAAAGCUGAUUUCGAAGACAUGUUUUGUUUAGUUUUAUUGCUCUCUCCUUGUUCUUUUUUUAGUGUACUAAAUAUACUAUGUAUUAAAGUAUUAAAUAAAUAUACUUGAUGCAUUUUCAAUAUGUAUUAAUAAUAUAUAUUAUUAAUAGUAUAAGUAUUUUUAGCUGAAUGAGAUAACACCGAGAGACAGAAUGAUAUAAUACUUCUUUCGUAAUAUGCAUUUAAUUAUCUACAGUAAUAUGUUUUUCAAGCUUAGGUUUUCCAACUAUUUCUUGCCUAAAUCGCUACUUGGAAAGUUUAUUGUUAAUUGUAUACUGUGCAAAAUACAUUCUUCUCAUAUAUAUUGUGUAUUCCAUAUAUUUUUAUUAAAGUUUGUUAAAGGAG